UUGCCUGAGUUGCUCGUCUUCGGGCUAUUCCUGCAGUUGUUUGUCUCUGCGAGUAACCCCCUGAAAAUACAUAUUCAUAGUAAAUGGACCUGAGACACAGGAACUUAAAGGGAAACGCUGGAUGCUAGCUGUUCUCUUUAAUGCCUCUUUAGGCUGGCCCGUGGCAGGUGCGAUUUUGAUUGUUCGCUUCAACAAUGAUGGCAAUGAUAGCUUUAUUGUUUCAGGCAUUAUGAUCACUGGGUGCAUGUCACAAUCACUCCUAACUCGUAUGCGACCGUCGAUGCUAACCUACUGUCCGUCGUGCUUUUGCCCUCACUUCAAAAUUUUGGGGCAGCUGCAUGGUGGGGUAUUCGCCGUGACAAAUGUUGAGAACACAAGACAAAAGGGUUCUAUCGUUUCAUUCAGCCUCUUUUACGAGAUGCGCGCUUAUUUUCUGCCCUUGGAAUUUUAUCACUGCACCCGAAUGUACAUGCCAUUAGCGUGCCUUUGCGCCGUAUAUUUCUUCCAUCCCUUCACUCGUAUACAUUCAUUAUGAUCUCGAUCAGAUUCACGUGUUCGGUUCAGUUUGGCGCGUAACUUCCGAAAUUCUUGUCUAGGAAAAUAGCCCUGGCGCUCCCAGUCGGCACUUCAGCAACCCCUCAAUUGACGAUAGGGAUCCCACUC